GAUCGGGUUGGUGGGCAGGUGGAGCCUCUCAGGCUGUUUCUGUUCGAUGCUGAAUUGAAGCUGUGUCACAGCGGUUGUGAUGAAAAGUCAGCUGCCUGCGGCUCAGGAAUCAUUGCUCUUCUCAACUGACAAGCAGUCUGGUUUCUGAAACAAUAAGGCACAAACAGCUACUAGUUCCAGAUACAAAGAGAGAGAGAGAGAGUGAGACAGUGGCUUUGUCAACUCAGUCACAAGCUCUAAUUUUCCUUACUUGCAAAGAAAGACUGUGCAGAGCGCGAGUCCAAAGCCUCCGGGCUGACGAGGCGAGAUGGCAGAGGCUCACCAGGCUGUGGCAUUUCAGUUCACCGUCACCCCUGAUGGCAUCGACCUGCAGCUGAGCCAUGAAGCCCUGAAGCAAGUCUACUUGUCAGGACUGAGGUCAUGGAAGAAGCGGUUCCGACGGUACAAAAAUGGAAUCCUGACGGGGGUGUAUCCAGCCAGCCCCUCUAGCUGGCUGAUCGUGGUGGUGGCUGUGAUUGCAACAAUGUACGCCCGCGUUGACCCAUCCCUGGGAAUGAUCGAGAAGAUCAGGUGCCAUCUCCCUACAAAUGGCUACCUGUCUAACCAGAGUGAGAGCAUCCUGAGUGGCCUGCUCUUCAGCACUGGCCUGUGGAUCGCCCUGGUCUUCACCAUGCGCCAGACCCUGAAGCUGCUCCUCUCCUAUCACGGAUGGAUGUUUGUCCCACAUGGCAAAACCCCAACCAGCGUCAAGCUCUGGAUGUUGAUAGUGAAGAUCUUCUCCGGCCGCAAGCCACUGACGUACAGUUUCCAGACGUCCCUUCCUCGACUUCCCGUGCCGGCUGUGAAGGACACCAUGAGGAAGGUGCGUUGAGUCUGUCUGACCUUCCUGAAUGACAAAGAGUUCCAGCGAAUGCAGGCCCUGGCGAAGGACUUUGAGCUGAAGGUGGGACCAAGGCUUCAGUGGUAUCUGAAGCUCAAAUCCUGGUGGGCCACCAACUACGUGAGUGACUGGUGGGAGGAGUACAUAUACCUGCGAGGUCGUGGACCCAUCAUGGUGAACAGCAAUUACUACGCAAUGGAUUACCUGUACAUUGUUCCAACACCGGUACAGGCAGCUCGAGCAGGGAACACCAUCCACGCCAUGUUGCUCUACAGACGUAAACUGGACCGCGAGGAGAUCCAUCCCCUCAUGGGUCAAAUCCCUAUGUGCUCAUCCCAGUACGAGCGUAUGUUCAAUUCCAGUCGCAUUCCGGGUUUAGAGACAGAUACUAUGCAGCACCUUAAGGACAGCAAGCACGUGGUGGUGUACCACAAGGGCCGCUACUUCAAGGUGUGGCUCUACCACAGUGGCCGGCUGCUCAGUCCGUGCGAGAUCCAGCUGCAGAUGCAGAAGAUCCUGGAUGAUCAGUCGCUGCCCCAGACCGGAGAGGAGAAGCUUGCAGCUCUCACCGCUGGCGACAGAGUGCCCUGGGCCAAAGCUCGUCAAUCCUACUUCAGCCAGGGUAGAAACAAGCUGUCACUGGAGGCGAUCGAGAAGGCAGCUUUCUUUGUGACGCUGGACGAUACUGAACAGGGAUUCAGGAAGGAGGAGCCCAUAUCUUCACUAGAUAACUAUGCUAAAUCAUUGCUUCACGGCAAGUGCUAUGACAGGUGGUUUGACAAGUCCUUGAGUUUUAUCAUCUUCAAGAAUGGUAAAAUUGGUCUGAAUGCCGAACAUUCCUGGGCAGACGCUCCCAUCAUCGGCCACUUGUGGGAGUACGUGUUGGCCACCGACCAGUUCCAACUAGGAUACACAGACGAGGGUAAUUGCAAGGGAGAGCCUAAUCCCCAGAUCCAGCCACCCCAGCGGCUGCAGUGGGACAUCGAAGAGCCGUGCCAAGAGGUCAUCCAUCAGUCUCUGAGCGUGGCCCAGCAGCUUGCCGAUGAUGUGGACUUCCACUCUUUCCCGUUUGACAAAUUUGGGAAGGGUGUGAUCAAGAAGUGCUGGAUCAGCCCUGAUGCCUUUGUCCAAAUGGCUCUACAGUUGGCACAUUACCGGGACAAGGGUAAAUUCUGCCUCACCUACGAGGCCUCAAUGACCCGCCUGUUCAGAGAGGGUCGCACAGAGACGGUGCGGUCCUGCACCAGUCAGUCCACCCAGUUCGUCCUGGCCAUGGUAAACUCAUCUCAGACGAAUGAAGAGAAACUGAAGUUGUUUAGGUUGGCAGCUGAUAAGCACCAGAGUAUGUAUCGCCAUGCCAUGACGGGAGAGGGUAUCGACCGGCACCUCUUCUGCCUCUAUGUGGUGUCCAAGUACCUGGGGAUGGACUCGCCCUUCCUGAAAGAGGUCUUGUCUGAGCCCUGGAAACUCUCCACCAGCCAGACUCCGGUCCAGCAGAUGAACCUCCACGACCCGAAGUAUGUGUCCAGUGGCGGGGGCUUUGGGCCGGUUGCCGAUGAUGGCUAUGGUGUGUCUUAUAUCAUGGUCGGAGAAAAUCUAAUCAACAUGCACAUUUCAAGUAAAUUCUCCAGCCCCGAGACAGAUUCACAUCGGUUCGGCAAUUAUUUCCAACAAGCCAUGCUCGACAUCCUUGCCCUAUUCGACCUGGACAAGAGGACCAGCAAGUAGCACCAGGCCCCAGGGAUGGAGUUGAGAGGACCAGACCCUGACCCUGGGACAGUGUUUCUGGCUGGUGCUGGUGGCACUUGAUGUGGGACCAUGAGAGUCAUUUUGAACAUCGACAAAUGCACUGCUCCCUGGGACUCCUGUGCUGCGGUGUGGGGUGCCAGCUUAUUCCUUGAGACAUCUGGGGCUGGGCCAGAGCCUCCAGUCUGACAGCAGUGGCCAGGUCCUGUCAGGAGCUGCUGAUUCCAUUGCAAACUGCAUCACAAACGUUGAUCUAGCAUUAUUGCAUGAGAUCUGGUAGAUACUCACUUCCCUUCUCUGCACCAUCAUGAUUAUAAUGCAGAGCUUAUACUUUAAUUGUCCAUCUCUGAACAGUGCUUGAUCAUAAUUCUCAGGAUUGUUCACAUAUACAGAAUGUCAUUGAAGUUCGCAAACGGCACAGGGAGGCAUUGAAUCACGGCUUCUCUAUUAGAACAUUGUCUGACUUGGGGGCAAGGGAUUCACCUCCCUCUCAAGACUCCUUGUGGAGGUUUAUUGAUUUAGUGUGGCUAUUAUGUAAAGAGCCAAUGAAUGUGUUGCAGGUGAUCUCAGUGGUUUAAGUGAAUGCUAUAUAUACUGUGUGUACAGAAUAAAGAGCUGGGGGCCAUUACAAACUA